CAAUGGAGGCAGAACAUAUGGCGGUUAAAGGAUUUCCGAAAUAAAAUAAGCCAUAUAUCAACAACGACUGAAAUACAACAUAAUGAUUUUACAGCUUGGUGGAAUGAUAUUGAACAGAUACUUGUUCGUCAAAGUUCUCCAGCUCUGAAUAUUCGGCAAACAAUAGCCGAAUUAAAAACUACCCCUCUUGAUCUGGAAGAAGAGAGAAGGAUACAGGAAGAAAUAGAAAAGUGGAAGGACUAUGAAGCCGAUGUUGACCAACUGAAACAGGAAAUGACAGACGUAAAAGAAAAUGUAACUGACGUGAAGAAAGACAUUGGAGAUGUAAAGGGAAAUGUAACAGAUGUAAAAAAAGAACUUGAAGAUGUGAAAGAAAAUGGUACUGCGGUAAAGAAAGGCCUUGAAGUCGUUAAAGAAAAUGUAACUGAUAUGAAGAAAGACCUUGAAGUCUUAAAAGAAAAUGAUACUGCGGUGAAAAGAGACCUUGAAGAUAUAAAGGAAAAUGUAACUGACGUGAAGAAAGACCUUGAUGAGAUAAAAAGACGGCAAGGGGCAGAGAAAAGUGAUGAAACCGAUUCACCAGUACAAACAGAGGAGAGAAAAUAUCAAAAUCUCAAGAAGGAGCUAAAAGAUGGUUUGAUUGAAUUCUACAAAACGAGACACAGUAAAGUUUUCUUGUCGCCCCUUUUCGUAGAAAAUGACACGCCUUUGGCUUUUUUCUACAUAAGACCUGAAUUGAACUUAAUAAUCUCAGCACCGAAGAGAAAUGAUGAAAAAACAAAAGUCAAUGAUAAAAGACAAGUCAAUGAAAAAAGACAAGUCAUUUCCUUAUUGAAGAUGUUUAAAACUGGAAAUCAAGCUAACCGAGAAAUACAUGUAAUUGCUGAUGCUGGUCUCGGAAAAACUGCAUUUUCAAACUAUUUGGCGAUCACCUGGUGUCAAGCUCAUUUUCCAGAUGAAAACAUGACUCAAUCUUUUCAAAAGGAUGAUAUAGACUGUAUGCAGGAAUUCGAUUUCUUAUUUCUGGUUUUACUGCGAGAUUCGAACGAUUUAUGUUCUAUAGAUGAUCUCAUAUUUAAAAAGAUUGUUUCAAAUUUGGGUUUACAAGAAAAGCCUUCCGAAGAUUUUGUCCUUAAAAUUUUGAAAAAUGAGAAAUGCCUCGUUAUACUUGAUGGACUAGAUGAAUGGACCCACCCCGAAAAGAAAUGUCACAGAUCGCCGCGAUCAAUUCCCCAUAGGAAUGACCGAGAGAAGUGUACAAUACUGACCACUACGCGACCAUGGAAAUUAGGAGUUUUGAAUUUGAAUUCAUGUCAAAUAGGAAUUAAGGUAGAACUAACAAAACUGAGUUACGACUCAGCAGUUACACUUACAAACAGGAUAUUACAAAAAUUGAAAUUUUACGCAAAUGAGAAUGCAUUACAACGUGAUGUCACAGCGUUCAUAUCAGGAAUCAAAAGCAGACAAAAUGAUGAACUUACAUCUGUGCCUCUACUUUUGAUAUAUACAAUUUGUUUAUGGUGUGACGGUGUUGAAAUAGUAAAUUCAAAAUGUGAACUCUAUAUAAAUAUAGUAGAACUGCUCUUAUCAAGAACGAUUGAGAAGCAUGGAGAUCUUCAACAAGCGUGCGACGUUUCUGAUAGUUACACCCAAGAAUCCUUUGCUGAAUAUGAAAACUGUACAAAAUACUACCCACUCCUUAUGUGUUUAGGAAAAUUAGCUUAUUAUACGUUAUUCAAUGACACAAGAGAAAACAGGCUGGUAUUUGAUUGUUCAGUUGCUAAAAAAUAUCUCUCAAAAGACGAGAUGAAAUUUGCCCUUCACUCAGGAAUGUUGUCAGAAAGUACAACAAAAACACUAACAAAAAAGUAUAGUAAAGUAUCAUUUUCCCACAAAACAGUUCAAGAAUUCUUUGCUACAAUAUUCAUAAGUUCUGAAAAUGAGGCUGAGAAAAUUGUUCUAGAAAAAUGUAAAAAUGUUCAAGACAUCCUAGACAUGUCGAAAGUUUAUGAAUUUUUAAGUGAAAUGAAUGUUGACAACAUGUGUGCAAUAUCAAACGAUUUGAUGUCUGUGAUAAAUGAAGACAAGAAAACACGCGACUAUAGAACUGGGGCAGUUUGCAAGGACACGUACAGUAAACCAUUGUAUAAAAUACAGAAAUUGUUCAUGUCGUGUUUACAAGAAAUGCCUGAAAGUGAUAAUAUUCAAUUAUGCUUACAAGAUUUCUUCAUUAAGGAAAACACCGUGCACAGUGAGCAGUUACAACGUUUGUUAAAACACAAUAACACCAACAUAAAAUCACUUUAUAUAGACAUCAGAUUGGCUUCCAGCAGUUUACGUGAAGUUAUAGAUUUAUUCUCUCUCACAGAACUCAGUCAUAUACAGAAACUUUACUAUGAGGGUAACUGGGAGCAGGAGGCUGAGAUAAAUAGGAUAUUGUUUCCCAGUUUACAGAACGUAUAUUUGUGUAAUGGAAAAUGGACAAAUGAUGAAGAAAACAUGGUACGGUGUGGAAACAUGGCACGAUGUCAAAACUUACAAUAUUUAUAUAUUGUAGGCUUCAAGUUAUCUCAUAAAAUACUGGAAACAUUUUUCAGUUUUACCUCCGGUCAAAAAUCAAUGAAAGAGUUAACAUUGAAGUGGUUACACUGUAAAGAACAUGGCCGCAAUGGUUGUAAGAGAUGGAACUUAGACUUGUCUCAAAAUUCAAGUCUUUCAAAGUUAGACAUGCGGGAUUUACCUUGGAAGAUACAAUUAAAUAUAUCAACACCGUCAUUAGUUAAUGUUAGGUUGUGGGUCAUCAAUCUAGAUGAAAGUUCAUUGCUACUGUCACGUGACAUGUUGCAUAUUGAACGUGUGGAGUUGAAGUGUAUAGAAAUGUCUGCAGGAAGUUUACAGAACUUUAUUACCAUGUUGGAAAAUCUGCCGCAGUCAGUCUCAGUAAAGAUGGCCGACAUUUCGCCGGAAACUGAAUAUGAACGUGUCAGAGAAAAUAUUCGGAGUUCACAAACUUUUCAUGUGAUUCAUGAAUACCAGUUUGAGUUCAAAACAAAGGGAAACCAAGUAAAAAACGAAUAAAGGAAAGAUAACUUAUUAAACAGGAGAAAUAACUUCAAGACAUUCAAAAAAUACAGUUUAAAAAUGUGCACUUAAAAACAAAAUUGUUAUUUCAUCAACGUUAUACAUGUACUGUAUAGUUUGGUCAUUUAAUUUUAAAUAUUUAUUUCUGUUUAAAGUUUAAAUGAUAGUGUUAAUAAAUAAUUCAUAAAAUCAAUUUAAUAGGAAAAUAAUUCAAGUAAGUUUUUUUAUCUGAACUAAAUGGAUAACUUGGAAUUAGGAUUUGGAAAU